CUCUCCACUCUACCUCUCUCUAACACAGCCUCACUGCCACUUUCUCUCUCUCAUUACCCCUUUAUAUUCUGUUGGAAAAAAAUUGCUGUAGCUGUUGAGAAGUGGAAUCUUCACAAACGUCUGGCUUUGAGGACGCUGACUUUAGUGGGGCCUGAACCCAAAUGGCUUCUACUUGGGGUGAUGCUUCCCACCUGGAUCUUGUCGAUGUGGAUGAGCAACACAGCCACCACAGCAAUGAUGAUGCCGAUUGUUACAGCUAUCCUGCAUCAGAUCAAGGACUGCCAGUCACAGGACUGCCAUGAAGAAAUACUGAUGGAUGAGCAUCAUGGAAUGGUAAUCACCGUUGAUGGAACAGAAAAUAACUAUACAGACCACAAAAAGAAGGAGAUUGAAAUUGAGGAAAGAAGACUGACCUACAACAGAGCAGAGAGGGAGAAUCAAUUUUUAGGAUUUGCCAAGACAUUUUCCCUGGCUGCAGCUUUUAGUUCAAACAUUGGAGGGAUGGCUACUUUGACAGGAACUCCACCCAAUGUCAUAUUCAAGGGCUUGUCUGACAGCCUGUACCUGAAAUAUGCAGCUGCCAACCCAGUCAACUUUGCCAACUGGCUGGCUUUAGGUAUACCAAUGGCUAUCAUUCUUUUUGUGUUCCUCUGGCUCUGGAUGCAGCUCUACUCUCAAGGACUCAGCUGCCUGAAGUUUUGGAAAAAGGAUAAAACUUGUUAUGAAAAAGUGAGGAUAUCCCUGAGGGAGGAGUACGUCAAAAUGGGACCAAUGUCAUUUGCAGAGAUUUUGGUGCUUAUCAAUUUUGUACUGCUGGCACUAUUGUGGGUGACACGAAAACCAGGAUUCAUUCCAGGCUGGAAUUCUUUAUUUGAUCCAGGAUAUGUUGGAGACUCAACGCCAGCCAUUGCUAUCUCUGUCUUGUUGUUCAUUCUGCCUGCUAGACCUCCAGCUUGGUUAUGGUGCUGUCGAUCGAAAACAGAUGCUGUUUCUGAGGUUUUAGAAGAACUGCCAAUUUAUGAACCCAUACUGGACUGGAACACAGUCAACAAGAGGAUGGCCUGGGGAGUACUUUUAUUGAUGGGGGGUGGAUUUGCCUUGGCUGAUGCUUGUGAGGUUUCAGGUCUUUCAGCAUGGAUGUCCACUUACUUAGAAGGUUUGGCAUCACUUCCAACCUGGGUGACGGCCUCGCUCCUGUCACUUCUGGUCACAUCAAUCACACAAGUCACUAGCAAUGCUGCUACAACAACUCUUUUCAUUCCAAUUGUUGGAGAUCUUGCAGUACGUAUGGGCCUGAAUCCUUUGUAUUUUAUGAUUCCGUGUACAGUUGCUUCUUCAUUGGCAUUCUUGUUACCUGUGGCCACUCCACCCAAUGCUAUAGUUUUUGCUGCAGGCUACCUCAAGGUUAAGGAUAUGGUUCUUGCAGGUCUUCCAAUUAAUAUAUUUGCAAUAAUUCUCCUUAAUAUUGCAUUGAACUCCUGGGUGGCUUCCGUGUAUGAUCUAUUUAAUUUGCCUGAUGAAUUUAGAAUAGGUGUGUACAACCACACAAGCAAUGUUACUGAAUCUCUGAAUAUACUGAACCCUAAUGGAAACCAAACUGAUACCCUUUAUAAUAUCAGUAGGCUUUCAAACUGA